UUUUAAGGCCAGAGAGAGAGAGAGAGAGAGAGAGAGAGAGAGAGAGAGAGAGAGAGAGAGAGAGAGAGAGAGAGAAUAUAAAACACACCGGACAGAAGGGACACAUCAUUGCCUCGGGCUCAGUGAUCAUGCCGUCUUACGCCUUUAAUCAGGUUAUUGACAAAGAUGACGUCAUGCUUAAGCAACUGUUAAAACUAGACUUGGGUGGGACUUCUGCACGUCCAUCAGCUGUCGCAUAUCAAAAGCCUGGAUCCAUUCCUUCUAAGCACUGGGCACAAGCCAAAGAACUCUCUCUGUCAUCGCGAUGGAACAAAACGGGUUUCUGGUCAGAUCGUGCCGUCAGUAUGGUGGAGGGUGACACCGGAGGUCUUGGCUGGGCAUGUGACAAGCCGGGGUCGGCGUUAAGCUCUGCGUCGUUCUCCGGCUCCACGUCCUGCGAAUCUUCCAGCUCCACUUCUUCACGUUACAAGACCGAACUGUGUCGCACCUUUACAGAAAGAGGCACGUGCAAAUAUGGGAGCAAGUGCCAGUUUGCUCACGGAGCAGAUGAGCUACGCGGCAUCAACCGUCACCCCAAGUACAAGACUGAACCGUGUCGCACGUUCCAUUCUAUCGGUUUCUGCCCGUACGGUAUCCGCUGCCACUUUGUGCACAACAACGAUGACGAUGCCCACCUUCACCCUCAACAGCCCUCUUUUCCCACGAGUACUCAGCGUCCCCCUCUCCUGAAGCAGAGCUUUAGCUUCGCUGGCUUUCCUUCCAACCCCACACUACUCGAUCCUUCCUUUUCUCCCUCGUCCUUCCUCGGCAUGCCGCCUGCCUCGCCACCACCUUCUUCGGGCACCAUCUCCGACCUCCUGGCCAUGGCGUUCCCUGAGUUCCAGCCGUCACAUGACUCCGGCUGCUCCAGUGGCGAGCCCACUCCUACUACCUCACCCUCUCAGAUGCCACCUUGUGCACCUCACCAGAGUUUCAGUGCCUCACUGGGCACACGGAGUCUGUCGCUCACCUCGCUUUCUGACCACGAAGGACGCUGCAGCAGCUCGGCCAGCAGCCUGAGUGGCUCGGAUCUGUCUUCGACUCAGGACGGCGCUGCCAAGAGGCUGCCCAUCUUCAGCCAGUUGUCUGUCCCUGACGGCUUCUGCACUGAAGGCAGCUUCAGUUUCUUCUUUUAGAGCCAGAAACCAGGUUCUCGCUCCUGAUCACAGAUUUAUACAACAUGUACUUGACUCUGUAUAUGAGCUCGCUGUGAAGAAUUCUACAUGUGAUGCCACAAAGAAAGAAGUGAAGGGCUGUUUUUUUUUUUUAAUGUUAAUAUGUGAUCACAAUGUGACUUUUUUUCAGAGUGUCGUUGAGUUGUGUGUUCGAAGCGAAACACCAGAUGGGAUCGGUAUUUAAAUUGGUUGCUGGAUAAAAAGAUUAUAUUUAAAAAAAAAAUGCCAAAGAAUUUCUGACUCUUAACUUUUUUUUGUAUGAAUGUUUCUAGACUGUGAUGCUGAGCUGAAGCUCACGUCUGUCUGUGCAGAAGGAUGUGUUUCUCCUUCAAAGUGCUGUAGUUAGUUUGUGUUCCUCUGAAUACCGUUUGAGCUGCAGAACCUUUAUUAAAGCCUUGUUCUUCCAGACUAAAAGCAGUGUUGUGAUUCUGUGUAUAUAUAUAUAUUUUUUAAGGCUUGUUAGCUCUGAUGUGAUUUAGAUGUAUUUGUGUAAGACUCGAGUCAUUUUUUUUUCUCUUUUUUUUUGAAUGUGGUUCUUAAGGUUUUCAAGGCUUCCAUGUUCUCUGUAGAGUUGAUUAAUCUCCAGCAUCUUGUUUUUUUUUUAUAUUUAUUUUAUUGUAUUUAUAGAAAAUGUUUCAUGUUUUGUGUUAAUAUAUAUAUUUUUUUUCUCUCCAGUUUUGUACUGAAAAUAAAACUUUUUACAAGGA